AGGUGACGGGGCCCAAGUGCGAGAAGACUUACGAGAUGUGCGAAGGUUGCGGACAGAAGAUACACGACAGGUUCCUGAUGCGAGUGGGUGACGCGAGUUGGCACGAACAUUGUCUGGCCUGCAGCGUCUGUGGUGUACUCCUCAGCCACUCUUGCUACUGGAGAAGGAACAAACUCUACUGUGAAUCAUGUUACAGAGGUGACGGGGCCCAAGUGCGAGAAGACUUACGAGAUGUGCGAAGGUUGCGGACAGAAGAUACACGACAGGUUCCUUAUGCGAAGGUGACGGGGCCCAAGUGCGAGAAGACUUACGAGAUGUGCGAAGGUUGCGGACAGAAGAUACACGACAGGUUCCUGAUGCGAGUGGGUGACGCGAGUUGGCACGAACAUUGUCUGGCCUGCAGCGUCUGUGGUGUACUCCUCAGCCACUCUUGCUACUGGAGAGGGAACAAACUCUACUGUAAACCAGACUACGACAGACUGUUUGGCGUGAAGUGUUCACGGUGUGGGGACCGCCUGCUGCCUCACGAGAUGGUGAUGAGAGCCCAAGCCCUGGUGUACCACCUGCCCUGCUUUAUAUGUGUAAUCUGCUGCCAGCCACUACAGAAGGGAGAACAGUUCGUGCUCCGUGGUCGUCAGCUCUUCUGUCG